CUUCAACGACUCCACUUUCGAAGACUGACCUUGCACAAGUUCACACAAACCGCUCAGUUGGCAUAAUAGAAACGCACACUCGUUAGUAGGAAUCAUAUAAUAUGCCAUAUAAUGCCAAAGUCUGGAGAAGAGGGUGAAAGGCCUCGCGGUUGAAUGUGUGCGCGGCCUCGCGCGGGUUAGCGCGCUGGAUGCGGAACAAUCGCAGUGACGACGUUUGGCAAGCACUCCGUUCAUAUCCAGGCGCGCAGCGCUCUGAGGGCGGAGCCGGGGGCGCAGCACAGGGCUCGCCUCCGCAGCAGGGUCCGGGGCGCGGCCCGGCGCCGGGCGGCAUGAUGGACCCUGGGGCGGGCAUGUACGGCGGAGGCGGAGGCGACAUGAUGCCGCGGCCGGCGUGGGGCGAGGCGGCGGGGCAGCGGGGGCCGCGGCUGCCGCCACUGGAGGUGGGCGGGCCCGGCAUGAUGAUGGGCGGCGGCCCGGGCGGCCCCGGCGCCAACAACCAGUCCGCCCUGGCGCUGCUGGAGGCCAUGCCGCCGCGCCCGCCGCCCGGUGCCGCCUACCUGGAGCCGCUGGCGCUGCCGCCGCGCGGGCCGCAGCACAUGCAGGGCGGCAUGGGCGGCAUGGGCGGCGGCGGCGGGCUGGGGCCGGUGGUGGUGCUGCGCCAGAGCGCCAGCGCCGACGGCGGGCGGCUGGAGGAGCGGCUGGCGGCGCUGGAGGCGCGGGCGGCGGUGGCGGAGCAGCGAGCCAGCAGCGCCGAGCAGCGGGCGGCGGCGCUGGAGCGGGGCGCGGGCGAGGUGGCGCGGUCGCACGACAUCCAGAACCAGCGGCUGGCGGCGGUGAGCGGCGAGCUGGCGCGGGCGGCGGCGGAGCUGGGCGACCUGCGGCUGCGGCACGAGGGCGCACACGCCUCGCAGGCGCAGGUGGCGCAGCAGCUGCUUGCGCUCAACUCGGAGGUGCGCGGCCAGGAGGCCAAGCUGGCGGCGGCGCAGGCGGCGCUGCACGAGGCGGUGCGGCUGGGCUCGGAGCUGCGCGGGCAGGUGGCCAUGCUGGGCGACGAGCUCAGCCGGGCCAACGCCGAGCGCGCGGCGGCGCAGGGCGCCAUAGAGCGGCUGGGGCGCGCGGUGUCGGAGGGUCAGGCGGCGUCCGCGCUGGAGGCUCGGCGGCAGCUGGACGAGCAGGCGGCGGGCUUCCGGGCGGAGCUCAUGCGGCGGCAGCAGCAGCACCUGGAGAUGAUGUCGUCUCUCAACCGCGAGGUGGAGGGCUACCGGGCCGAGGCGGCGGCUGCGGGCCAGGCGCUGCACCACGCCGUGGACCGCCUCACAGCGCGGCUGCACGGCGAGGAGGCGGCGCUGGACCGGCUGAGGGCGGAGACGGCGGCGGCGGCGGCGGGCGAGGCGGCGGUGCUGGGCGGCCUGCGCGGACAAGUGGGCGAGCUGCAGGGACUGCUCAAUGGCAUGCACGCUCAGUUCUCGGCCGAGUCGGCGAUGCGGCGGCAGGACACGGCGGCGCUGGACGGCAACAUGCGCGCCAUGGAGGGGGCGCUGCUGGCGGCGCAGGAGCAGGUGGCGCGGCGGGUGGUGGGCAUGCUGGAGGGCAGGGCGGGGCAGCUGAUGCGGCUGGUGGCGGAGGUGGACGGCGCGGCGGCGGCUCGGGACGAGGCCACGGCGGCGGCGGGCGAGCAGCAGCUGGGGGCGUUCGUGAAGGCGGCGGCGCGCAAGGAGAAGAUGGGGCUGGAGCGCAUGAUGGUGCUGGAGGGGGCGCUGCGCGACAUCGCCACCGCCAGUGCCGCCAGCCUGGAGGCGCUGCAGUCGCGGCUGGACGCGGGGCUGGGCCAGGUGGCGGCGGCGGUGGACGCGGCGCGCGCGGGCGUGGAGGACCGCGAGGCGGCGCUGAGGGCGCAGAUCAACGGCGCGCUGGGCAAGGUCCGGGCGUACGCGCGCGACAUGGAGGAGGGGCUGGAGCAGGAGCGGCUGCGGCUGGAGGAGGUGGUGAAGCUGGAGAUCCGGGCGCGGCAGCAGAGCGGAGAUGCGCUGAAGGAGGCGCUGGAGGCGGGGGUGGCCAAGGUGGCGGGCCGUGUGGACGCACUGGAGGGGCAGCACAGCCGGGCCGCCUCGAAGGCGGAUGAGCUGGCCCGCGCGCUGGAGGAGUGGCGCGGCGAGGCGGCGGCGCAGGCGGAGGCGGCGAGGGCCGAGGCGCGCAGGCUGGCGGAGGACCUCACGGCGCGGGUGGUGCGCGACACCGACUCCCGGCUGCAGGCGGCACUGGCGCCCGUGCGGGCCGCCUCGGCAGCGGCGACUGAGGAGCUGGCGGCGGCGCGCGGGCAGCUGGCGGGGCAGGGCGCCGAGCUGGCGGCCGUGAAGGCGCAGGCCGCCGGGCAGGGCGCCGACCUAGCAGCGCUCAAGACCACCGCCGCCGGGAUGGGGACCGAGCUGGCGGCGGCGCGGCAGGCGGCGGAGUCGGCGGCGGAGGCCCUGCGCGCCGAGGUGGCUGCAGAGGCGGCGGAGCGGCGGCGGUCGUUGGCUGAGCUGAAGCGCUGGUUUGACGCCAACCAGGUGGACGCCAAGGUGGCGGAGGAGGCGCUGCGGCUGGAGCUGCAGGUGCUGGGCAGCAGCAUGGACCAGCGGCUGGCGGCGGCGGCGGCGGAGGGCGAGCGGGCGCGCCGGGCGGCGGCGGCGGAGCUGCGCGGCGAGCUGGAGGCUGUGGGCGGUCUGGUUGCUGUGCACGGCGAGGUGUUUGUGGACGUGCGGCGCAAGCUGUCCAGCCUGGAGCAGCGCGCCAAGACCGGCGAGGCCAACCUGGCCAAUGCGGUGGAGGAGCUGGGCGAGAGGCUGGAGGCGGCGGGUUCGCGCUCCGCCCAGGAGGCGGCCCAGCUGCGCACCUCGCUGGCCUCGCUCGGGGCCGGCCUGCAGGCGGGCCUGGCGGAGGCGGCGGAGGCGGCGGCGGCGGCGGCCAAGGCGGCGGACGACAAGCUCGCGCGGCAACAGUCGGUGCUGGAGGAGGUGAUGGCGCAGGCGGCGGAGGAGGCGGCGGGCCACGUGAACGAGCUCACGGCGCGAUGCGACGAGCUGGCGCGCAUGCUGGAGGACGAGGUGGCGGCGCUGGAGGAGCGCGCGGAGGCGGCGGGCAGGGCGGCGGAGGAGAAGACGGCGGCGGCGCUGGCGGAGGCGGCAGAGGGGGCGGCGGGCCGGGAGGCCAAGCUGCGGGAAGAGGUCAACACCUUCAAACAGGACACCAACGCGGCGCUGACCACCGCCUCCGCCGCCUCCGCCGCGGCGCUGGCGGCCCUGGCCACCGAGCUGGCCUCCCGCACCCGGGCCGCGGACGAGGCGGCGGCGGCGCUGGGCGAGGAGCUGCGCGGCGCGCUGGGCGAGCUGGACGGGCGGCUGGAGUCGGGGCUGGAGGUGGUGGGGCAGCGGCUGGACCUGGCGGCGGCCGACCUGGCGGGCAGGCAGGAGGCGGCCGCGGCGGAGGCGGCGGAGGCGCUGGCGGCGGCGCGGGAGGAGCUGGAGGGGCGGGUGGCUGCCUCGUCGGCGCAGCUGGAGGCGGCGUUCGUGGCGCUGGGCGGCGAGCUCAGGAGCGGCCUGGAGGCGUGCGACAAGCGGGUGGACGAGGCGGCGGCCUCCCUGGGCCACACCGCAGACACCCUGCGCGCCGAGCUCACAGAGGCGGCCGAGGCCCAGAAGGCGGAGCUGGGUGAGGCGCUGGGCCUGGUGCGCGGCGAGCUGGCGGCGGCGCAGGCGCAGGUGGCGGCGGAGGCGGAGGGGCUGCGCGGCGAGAUCGGGUCGGCGCUGGCGGCGCAGAAGGGCGCGCUGGACGCGGCGCGGGCGGAGCUGCUGGGCCAGGUGGAGGCGGCCAAGGGGGAGCUGGGCGCGGGGCUGGAGGAGGCGCGCGCGGAGGCGGAGGCGGCGCGUGGCGAGCUGGCGGCCACUGUGGCGGCCACCAAGGCGGACCUGGAGGCGGCGCUGGCGGCGCAGCGAUCGGAGCUGGAGGCGGCGCAGGAGGAGCUGACAGAGGCGCUGGAGUCCGGCAAGGCGGCCAUGGCCCAGUCCCAGGACACGCAGCGCGCCGAGAUGGAGGCCACGGUGGCUUCCGCCCAGUCCGACAUGGAGGCGGCGCGCGCGGAGGUGGCGGCGGCGCUGGUGGCGCAGCGGGCGGAGCUGGCGGCUCUGCGGGCGGGCGAGGCGGCGGCGCUGGAUGCGGCCAAGGGCGAGCUGGGCACCGCGCUGGAGGAGGCGGUGGGGCGGCUGCAGGCGGACGUGGCGGCCCGGUUGGAGGAGGAGCGGGCGGGGGCGGCGGCGGCGCUGGAGGGGCUGCGGGCCGAGGUGACUGGGCGGCUGGUGGAGUCGGACAACGCGGCGGCGGCAGACCGCAAGGCCACGGAGGCGCGGCUGGCGGCGGCGGAGGAGGCGCUGGCGGGGCUCCAGGGCGGGGAGCUGGCGGCGGUCCAGGAGCAGGCCGCCAAGCUGUCUGAGGACCUGGCCGCCGCCCGCGCCCAGUCCGACGAGGCCGCGACGGCGGCGGCGGCGGCGGCGGGCCGGCUGGACAGACUGGAGGCGGACACCGCGGCGGUGACGGCGGCGGCGGACGCGGCCUCCAAGGUGGCGGCGCUGGAGGCGGCAGUUGCGGCGCUGCGCGAGGAGCAGUCCCGCGCGCUGGACGAGCAGGGGCAGGCGGUGGAGGCGCAGGCGGCGGCGCUGGAGGCGCAGGCCAAGGGGCUGGAGGAGCAGGCGGCGGCGCUAGACGAGGCAGCGAGGCAGCUUGAAGAGCAGGGGCGUGUGCUGGAGGAGCAGGGGCGGGCGCUGGACAGCUGCGAGAAGGCGCUGCAGGAGUCGGGCGGCAACGCGGAGGCGGCGGUGCGGGAGGCGACCGAGAUGAGGGCGGCGCUGGAGGCGCUGGGCAAGCGCGUGGACGAGCUGGCUGAGGCGGCGGCGGGCUCGGGCGGCGCCGGCGAGGAGCUGUCUGGCGAGGUGGCGGCGUCUCGGCAGCGGCUUGACGCGCUGUACGGGCGAGUGGAGGCGCACAACAGCCAGGUGGACGCCAUGUUGGGCAAGCAGGAGGCGCUGCUCAACGAGAUCAAGGAGCAGCCGGCUGGCCUGUCCAAGGAGGAGGUGGAGGCGGAGGUGGGGACGGCACUGGAGCAGCUGCAGGCGGACGUGGGCAAGCAGCUGGGGGAGCUGCGUGCGGCUCUGAAAAAGGCGGAGGAGGCGGCGGCGGCGCGCGAGAAGGAGCGCGAGGCGCGGGACCGGGAGCGCGACCAGGACCAGGACCAGGACAAGCGGGCGCGGGUGGACGAGGCGGCGCUGGCGGCGCGGCUGGCGGAGGAGCGGUCGGAGACUGGGCGGCAGCUGGACGAGCUGAGGGCGCAGGUGGGGCGCGAGGCGGACGCCAAGCUGGCCGCUGCCCAGGAGGCGGCGGGCAAGUUCGCCAAGGAGGCGGCGGUGGCAGACCUGGAGCGCAAGAUGCACGCGGCGCUGGACGAGUCCCUGGAACGGAUACGUGGCGAGGUGGCUGCGGACGUGGUGCCGCUGGAGAAGGACGUGGGCCGCAUCAAGGCCGCGCUGCACAGGCACCAGCCCGACUGGCUGCCGCCCGGGUAGGCGCUGUCGGGCACACGCACCGGCACCCCUGCACACCGGCGGGGCCCGGCUGCGGCUGCAGCGGAAUGGAUGCUGGCGAUCGAGGGCUGGGCGGGGGCGGGGGGCGGGGAUACCGUACUAUGGGGAUUGGGCAGCCUGGUUCUUAUGCCUGCGGCGCAGGUGGAACGGCCGAGGCGAGAGGCUGUACUUGGCUUGCGUGGAGUGCGCUUGCGGCAAUGGGUGGCUAGAAGAAUUUAAACAAUGGAUCCUGACGUGACUUGCGGCACGAAACGACAAUGCACACCGCUUGAUGGUUCGUGACGAUGCAUGAUGCGCACCACGCUUGGACAAACACACCUCACUGUUAUGACACACCCAGGGCACCUUGGGCUGUUGCGCCGGUUACAUCGAGUACCGUGUGUAUGAAUGAGUGUGCACCGUAGUUGGCAGCACCAGGGCACCAACAGAACGCCUGUGCAGUUAGGUGCCGCAGCGGUGUACCCGCAACUGUAACCAUGUGGGCUGCCGGCAGCCUGCGUGCCCUCCCCCCCUGGACCUGCGCCUGGACCUGCACCGGAGACGUGCGGCCCAGGCCGAGAAGGUCCUUGCAGCCGAGCCUGCGAGGCAAUGGCCCCGGGAGCAGGCUUCACCAUCCAUGCUGCGCAGGGGAUGCUGCUGGAAAAUUGUUGCAGUGCCAGUGGAUCAAGCACAUCAGAUUGCUGCUAAUGGGCGGUAGCUAGACCAUUGACGACCAUGCAAACGUCUGCACCCCGGGUGCAUUGUUGUCCAUCAGGACACCCCAGCUGCACCCUACGGGACUUUACCAAUCUGCCUUACCACUGCCCAUGAACGUCAGUGGGGGGGGGGGCUGUGCGCGUUCAGGGGCACACGGGGGACGUUCGGGACAGUCGUUGCGGACGGGUGGGAGAGGACAGUUCGUGUCCCCCCUAGUUCAUGGAGGUUAGCUCUAAUGGUGAGAGUGCGGUACGCGGGACUGGGAAGCCCGAGUGACGUUGCUAUGCGCCUGUGCUGCUGCUGAGUGCUAUGCAGCCCGCAGCAUUGCGGCAGGGCUGGGGGCGGCGGCGCUGGACGCAAGCCUCUACAGUGAGUGCUAACGGUAUGCAGCUGGCAGUGCUGGCACCAGUAGUGGCGGUGGGAGUGGCGGUGCCGGCCCCAUACCGGCGGUGCCGGGCCCGAUCUUGGCAACAGCUGCAGCGGCCGCAGCGCAUGUGCGCGCGAUGGCAUGCCUACGGAAUGCGGAGUGGAGGGGGCUGAUAAGGCCACGAGGAGGGGUGGGCAGCAGGGAUGACCGCCGGACCUUGCGCCGCACCCCUCCAAGCGAGCGUGGUGCCGGCCCAAGAGCGGCCCUAGCACGCAGGUUGUGCCCGGCAAGUGCCUAGUCAGCGAACAAUAGAUACAGUAGCGGCAGUGUGACGGUUGAGCGGACAUCUGGCCUGGCGGUGCAAACCGUGUGUAGAUGGUGGGCCUCCACCACUUCGGAGUUUUCGGACUUUGCUCUCACAGGGUGGGCGACAGGCGGCUGGCAAGGCUUAUCGAGGCACUAAUAUGGCGCAUAGCUAUUAAUUGAAAUGCAGUUGAGGGACGUGAGGAGGUCUUCAAUCUGGGAACGCGAUCCAAC